UCAGCACGUCCUCAUAAACCCUAGAGAACACGUCUGCUAUGCUCUGUUCGUCGCUCCCCGAUAAACGAGCGAACCCGUCGGCCUCAAUUCCUUUCGUCCCUCGCCAAAUCAUGCUCGCAGCCAACAGUGCCGUCGCCGCUGUGGAGGACAGCAAGGCGAGACGGAAGGAGAAGAAGGAGAGGAAGAAGCGAUCCUCGGAACCCCUCCACUUGGAUGGGACCGAGGUCGGGGAAGCGUCGCGUAACGGGCUCGGGAGAGAUGUCCUUCUCAGAUCGAUCGCGGCCUUCCUCGACGGCAGUGGCUUCUCCAGGACUCUCUCUGUCUUCCAGUCCGAAACCCGGCUCGAGAUGGGUUGUUGGAAAUCAUCUUCUGUAAACUUGGAGGAUCUAUUUUGCAAGUUCUUGGAUUCAAGUAAUGGUCAUGGAGAAGCUAGCAUUGAUUGGCCGAGAGAUCAAGAUCUACAAAACGUCAGCAUUCCUGGAGUAGUAGAAGGCAAGAAUAUGAACUGCACCACUGAGAACAUUCACAAGAAGAAAAGAAAGAGAACUGAUCAAAUUAAUGAUGGAACAGAAAGUGAGAAGUUAAAAAUGGACGAGGACUUGCAUGCCGAAACUAAGGAGAAGAAAAAGACAAAGAAAUUGGUUCAUGACCCAUCCACUGAAGGAUGUGGAAAUAAACAUUUGGAAGUCAGUCGAGAGAAAGCUGAGAGCAUUGAUCCUGCAAAUCAGUCACCAGAUCCCCAUAAAAAUGACAAAGAGAAGAAGAAGAAACUCAAGAGUAUGCCUGAAACUCAUGAUGAGAUUGCUGAACCUAGUGACUUUGCAAAUGUAAAACAUAAAAGUGAAAAGAAAAAAGAGAAAAAACUAAAAAAGGUAGAAGUGGAAGCAUCUGAGAAUAUAUCUGACAAAAGAUUCAAGGACAAGAAAUUGGAAGACACCGAAGGUCACAGUGGUCCUGCCUCUGAGAAUCUCUUGGUUCAUAAUGAUUCUCAACACAAAGUCAAGAAGAAGAAACAGAAAUUAACUUCUGAUGUUGUGCCCACUGUGAACUCUAAUCAGGCAGCAGAAGAAAAAUCUGGUGACCAAAUUAAAGAAUGUAAUAUCAAUCAAGAUGUGGAAACAUCAGAUUUUGGAGCUGAAAGUCUUCCUAAAUCUGAAGGCAUGAAUGUUAAAGUUGCAAAGAAACCUUCCAAAAAGGGAAAAGUAUUGCCCAUGAGUGGGAUAACUGAUAAUGAGACUGCAGACAAGGAUUCAAAGGUCAAAUCUGAAGGUGCUGAAAAUAUUGAGGAAACAGAGAAUCUUGUGAAGUUUGACAAAUCUGCUUUAGAUGGUGAUACCCCAGUUACUACUAAAAAGAGGAAGAUGGAAGAAAGUAAGGAUAGUAAUAGGAAUGCUGGCAAGCAACUCGAGCUUUCGACACAGGCUAAUGAAAACAAUAGUGCAAGUAAAUUAAAGGAUGAAGUGGUAGGAAAUGGAAGCAUUGGAAGCAACAGAAAAAAAGAAAACCAUUCAGCAGAGCCAAAAAGUGUGAAUGCUUUUCAAAGGGUGAAGAUAGAGGAGAUUAAAUUUGCAGAUGAAAAGCUCAAGGAUAAUUCAUACUGGGCUAAGCAUGGUGCUGAUACGGGGUAUGGUGCCAAGGCACAAGAAGUUCUUGGUCAAGUGAGAGGAAGGGACUUUAGGCAUGAAAAAACCAAGAAAAAACGUGGAAGCUACAGAGGUGGACAGAUCGAUCUGCAAUCACAUUCAAUAAAGUUCUCUUAUUCGGAGGAUGAUGAUGAGUGAUUGAUUAGUGGCUGCAACGGAUCCAGGUCCAUAUAACCCACUUAUAUUUGGAUCUCACUUUAUCAGGUCAUGCUUAAAUACAAGUUUUAUGAGUUCGAUUCGUGGACGCUACAGCAACUAUGAUUCAGAAGGAACCAUUUAUGGGACCAACGUGUUGCAGGUAAUGCUUGCAGGGGCAGCCUAAAUCCAAUGUCUCAAUUUGAGUCUGAUUUUUUGGAUACUCGUGUUAAUCAAUUUUGGAAUUUUGUUUUGGGUUUAUGUGAUUUUGACUUUUGAGCUUAUGACAUUGAGGUGUUGUAAACUUUUGUUGAUCAAAGCUUUCCACAAUGUGUUGAUCAUAUCAGGGAAAAAACACUACUGUCUUUUGUUGGGCACAAAUCAAAGUGGCUUAGCUUAUGAUA